AUCAACAAUGAAUAUUCUGUAUAUUAUAUUUCUUUUAGGUGUGCUUUUUCCAAACACUUCCUGUGAAGAAAUAAAGUGUGCAAUUCAGGAGAAAUUUGCACUUAACGGAUUGUUCAAAAGAGGAGAUAUAAUGUUAGGGGGAACUUUUAUUAAAAACUUCAAAACAAUACCGCCAGACUUGUCUUUCACAUCAAAACCUAAGCCCUGGAAAUGUGAGAGUUUUGAACUUUCUGUAUUUCAAAGAGCACAGACUAUGAUUUUUGCAAUUGAGGAAAUUAAUAGGGAUGAAUCUUUCCUACCAAACAUAAGCCUUGGCUACCGACUGUAUGACAACUGUAACAGUUUGCCAAUGGGACUUCGAGCUACAGUAUCUUUAAUCAGUAGCUUGAGUGAUACCUUUACUGAAAACAAUUGUAAUGAAGUUCCUCCUGUUCUUGCAAUUGUUGGAGAUCCAAUAUCAUCACAUUCCAUUGCAUCGUCACGGAUACUAAGUCUUUUCCGGGUGCCAAUGGUGAGCUAUUUUUCAACAUGUUCCUGCUUAAGCAAUAGAAAGGAAUUUCCAACCUUCUUCAGAACAAUUCCAAAUGAUGAUUUUCAGGUGAAAGCCAUGGUAGAAAUAAUUAAAUAUUAUAAGUGGACAUGGGUAGGCGCAGUAGGUACUGAUGAUGACUAUGGACAGAAUGCCCUAAAAGCUUUGCAUGAGCAAGUCAAAAUGUUUGGUUGCAUCUCCUUCUCAGAAACAAUUCCCAGGUUCAAUGACAAAAGUAAAGUGGAGCAAAUCAUCACAAUUAUAAAGCAAUCCUCUGCUAAAGUCAUUGUUGCUUUUGCAUCAGAAGCUGAAUUGCUAACUUUGGUAAAAGAAGUAGUCCGGCAAAAUAUUACAGGGAGGCAGUGGAUAGCCAGUGAAUCCUGGAGUACAUCUUCAUUACUGGCCACCAAGGAAAACUUCAGAUCUUUUGGAGGCACCAUUGGUAUAGCAAUUCGCAGAGUACAGAUUCCAGGACUGGAGAAUUUUUUCUUUCAGGUUCAGCCCAAAUUUGACCCAAAUAAUAAUUUACUGAUCCAGUUUUGGGAAACUUUAUUUGAAUGUAGAUUUCCAGAAAAUGUCACACAAAACAAUUCAUCUUUGGUUGUAAGUAAAGUAUGUACUGGAUUGGAAGAUAUUAAGAGCACUAAGUCAGGAUACACUGAUACUUCCGAUAUGCGAGCAGUUUAUAAUGUGUAUAAAGCAGUGUAUGCCAUAGCUCAUGCCCUUCAUGAUCUGAUGUCAUGUAAAGAAGGAAGUGGGCCUUUUACCAACAGACACUGUGCAGAUAUUAAAAAUUUGCAGCCCUGGCAGCUUCUUCAUUACUUGAAAAAAGUUAAUUUUACUAAUAAGCUUGGAGAAAAGAUAACCUUUGAUGAAAAUGGAGAUCCACCUGCAGUUUAUGAUAUAGUAAACUGGCAGCUUGAUGCAGAUGGUUCUGUGAAGAUCAAAAAUAUAGGCCUUUUUGAUGAGUCAGCUGGUGUAGGAAAAGAACUUGAUCUGAACAAAGAAAGCAUCUUCUGGAAUCCAACUUUUGGAUCAAUUCCAGAGUCUGUAUGCAGUAACAGCUGUUUGCCAGGCACAAGAAAGGCUACUAGAAAAGGAGAGCCAGUAUGCUGUUUUGACUGCAUUUCUUGUGCAGAAGGAGAAAUUAGCAGUGAAACUGAUUCCAUUGAAUGCAUAAAGUGUCCGUCUGAUUUCUGGUCUAAUUCACCAAGGAAUCAAUGCAUUUUGAAAGACAUUGAGUUUUUAUCAUAUGAAGAUGUAAUGGGAAUUGCAUUGUCUACAACAGCUUUAUCUGGAUCAGCUUUAUCUUUUAUCAUAUUUAUUGUUUUCUUCCAUUAUAGAAACACGCCAGUUGUAAAGGCUAAUAACUCUGAGCUGAGCUUUCUUUUGCUGGUAUCUUUAGCCCUGUGCUUCCUUUGUUCUCUGUGUUUUAUUGGAAAGCCUACAUCUUUGAACUGCAUGUUAAGGCAUGUGGUGUUUGGAAUCAGUUUUGUUCUGGCUAUUUCAUGUAUUCUUGUAAAGACUAUUGUUGUAAUAAUGGCAUUCAAAGCUACGCUGCCUGGAAAUAAUAUGAUGAAAUGGUUUGGUGUUGCACAGCAGCGAACUACUGUGUUUUUGUUUACUGUAAUUCAAGCCAUAAUAUGUUUAAUUUGGUUAAGUUUGUCUCCCCCUGUUCCAAACAAAAACAGUAAAUAUCAGAAUGGAAAAAUUAUAUUUGAGUGUGAUAUUGGUUCAACAGCAGGAUUUACUUGUCUGUUGGGCUACAUUGGCUUUCUGGCCUGUGUUUGCUUUGCGAUUGCUUUUCUUGCAAGGAACCUACCAGACACUUUUAAUGAGGCAAAAUUCAUCACUUUUAGCAUGUUGAUCUUUUGUACUGUUUGGAUAACAUUUAUACCAGCUUAUAUCAGUUCUCCAGGGAAACACACAGUGGCUGUGGAGGUAUUUGCAAUUUUAGCUUCCAGCUUUGGCCUCCUCUUUGCGAUAUUUGCUCCGAAAUGCAUUGUUAUUUUAUUCAAGCCUGAACUCAAUACUAAGAAAGCAUUAAUGGGAAAAGGAACUGCAGACAAAUAA